AUGAGGCGAAGGCACCAUCUGUCUGACCCCAGUAAGGUGGCUGGCGGGGCGGGCAGGAAAGGCAAUAGUCGUGCAGGGGAAGGCGCUGGGGCAACAGGGGAUAGUGCUGGUGCAGCAGGGGGAGAUUUAAGGGGGGGAAACAGUGGCGGUGUGCAGACAGGCGGCGGCAACCCCAAGGCUGCUCGGUUCACGAAUGAGGAUCUGCUAGAUGCCAUGGAUAUGCUGGUGAGUGACGUGGCUAUGCUGGUGAGUGACGUGGAUAUGCUGGUGAGUGCCAAGUUUCGCCCGCAAGGCCAAGCGCAACGUGCCAGCAGCCCUGCAGCAGUUACAGCACAUGGCUGCCCUCCUGCCGCCCCUCCUUCACCUCCCUUCAUGACUCUCCCCAACCCCGUCCCCAACCCCCUCCUCAGUUUACUCGCAAGGCCAAGCGCAACGUGCCAGGAGCCAUUAAGCACAUCCAUUAAGCAGCUGAAACACGUGGCCGCCCUCCUGCCCCUCUCCCUGAAUCCCCUUCAUGACUUCCUGCACCUACCACCGUCCCCACCAACUCCCCUCCCUCCUAAGUUCGCCCGCAAGGCCAAGCGCAACGUGCCAGCAGCCAUUGAGCAGUUGAAGCCCAUGGCCGCCCUCCUGCGCUCCUGCCCUUAUCGCGCUUGCCUCCCUUCUUCUCCUCCAUCCCCCCUAUCCCCCCACCUCUCCACCCCCCUUGCAGUUCGUUCGCAAGGCCAAGCGCAACAAACUGGGUUGGGGCAUCUGGAACAGGAGGGGGGAAUGGGCGGGGGAGGGGGAGGGCAAGUAGGAGGGGCAGUGGCAGGGGAAGGGGGAGGGGCAGCGGCCGGGGGAGGAGCAGAUGCAGGGCAGGAGGGGAGGGGUACGGCAGAGGGUGGGGCGGUGCAGGAGGGGAGGGUUGCGGCAGGGGAUGAGGCAGUGCAGGAGAGCAGCCUUCUACGAGGGAUUGCAGAUGCAGACGCUGCCUGGCGAUCUGAUGCUCUGAGAGUGCUGAAGGAAGAUGAUGAGGCGGCAGUGCAGGCAGGGGGGGUUACAGCAGAGGCCGGGGCAGUGCAGGCAGGGACUCAGGCUACAGCAGAGGGCGGGGUGGUGCAGGAGAGCAGCCUUUCACAAGGGAUCGCAGAUGCAGACGCUGCCUGGCGGGCUGAUGCUCUGAGAGCACUGAAGGAAGAUGAUGAGGGGGAUGAGAGAGAUGAGGGAGAUGAGGGAGAUGAGGAAUAUGAAGAGGAGGAAGAGAGUGAGGAGGAGAUUGAGGAGGAGGAGGAAGGGGCAGAAAGGGGUGAAAGGGGGAUGGGGCAGGAGGAGAGGGUGUCGUUGGGAUCGAGACGGGGAGAAGAGAGCAAGGGGAAAGGGGGAGAUGAGGGGGUGAGUGAGGAGGAGGUGGUGGUGGCGAGUGAUGCGGCUUUCCUGCUGGCUGUGAUGGCUGCUACAGGAUUCGCAGGGGAGGAAGUCUACCCGAGGAAUGAAACUCUGGCGCUGCACUUCCUGCGUCUGGCAGCAGAGACAGGCUCCAUGCAGGCCAUGGCUGCACUCGCCAGCCGCUUCCUCUACGUGAGGUCGUGGAGUUCCCACUGGCUCACAGCAGCACAGCUGUCAGCAGCAGCAGCAGCAGCAGCAGCAGCAGCAGCAGCAGCAGCAGCAGCAGCAGCAGCAGCAGCAGCAGCAGCAGCAGCAGCAGCAGCAGCAGCAGCAGCAGCAGCAGCAGCAGCAGCAGCAGCAGCAGCAGCAGCAGCAGCAGCAGCAGCAGCAGCAGCAGCAGCAGCAGCAGCAGCAGCAGCAGCAGCAGCAGCAGCAGCAGCAGCAGCAGCAGCAGCAGCAGCAGCAGCAGCAGCAGCAGCAGCAGCAGCAGCAGCAGCAGCAGCAGCAGCAGCAGCAGCAGCAGCAGCAGCAGCAGCAGCAGCAGCAGCAGCAGCAGCAGCAGCAGCAGCAGCAGCAGCAGCAGCAGCAGCAGCAGCAGCAGCAGCAGCAGCAGCAGCAGCAGAGGCGUGGGACGACCAGCAACUGCCCAAGGACCCUGUUCGUCUGAGAGACUGGUUUCGAGAUGGGGGCUUCCAGCCUCAAGCGUUUGACGAUGACCAUGCAGAGCAGGUGGGUAGGGGGAUCCGGGGCCACGAGGUGGAGUUUGAGCAAGACCUGGCAGAGCGAGGGGUGCCGGAAUCCCUUCGACUAAUGGGAUUUCGCCACCUCAUCGGCCAAGGGAUUCCCCGCAACCCCCAGGAAGCCCUUCGUCACUUCCAAUUGGCCGCUGCUGCUGGUGAUGACGUGGCAGCCUUCAACCUCGGCUACAUGCACAUGACCGGGGCAGGCGGGGCAGUCCCGAAGAACUUCACCGCUGCCCGAAAAUAUUUUCUGCAGGCGGCGUCGGGCAGGAACAAACUUGCAGCUGCCCAGAACGGGCUGGGAGUCCUGCAUCAAAACGGAUGGGGGGUAAAGCAAGACUUGAUCCUCGCUCGUGAUUUUUUCAUGAAAGCAGCAGAGAGAAACGACUCGGACGCCCUUUCAAACUUAGGGUAUAUUCACUUCGACGGGCUGGGUGUACCUGCGAAUGCAACCACAGCGCGCAUUGGGUGGGCGGCGGAGCUGAAGGAGGCUGCUGCAGCGUAUGAGGAUGGGGAUUGGUGGAGUGGUUUGGUGCGGUACGGAAUGGUGGCAGAGGAGGGGAGCAAAGUGGCAGCAGAGAAUGCUGCCCAAAUGCUAAUGCGCAGUCAGGGUUACUCAGCCUCUGACCGCUAUGCUCUAGUGCUGGACCACAGGAUGAGGGUGGUACACAUCAGGUCAUCCCCAGCCAUGGUGGACGCGGAUCUGAUCACACUCCUGUUCAUGCGUCAUCCCUUGUGUUGCCCUUCUCCUCUCUGCAAUCCCCCCCUUCCACCAGCCUCGGAUCGCUAUUCGUUGGCGCUAGACCACGCAAUGAGGGCGGUGCACAUCGGAUCAGCACCGGCCAUGGUGGAUGCGGCUCUCCUCAUGCUCAUCCACCACCUGCCCUCGCUGCUGCCGCUCCCACCGCCACCGUCACUUUCCACCGUUGAUCCACACCUUUCUGCACAGUCAAUCCCAGCCCUUGAUCCGCACCAUCCUGCACAGUCACUCCCAGCCGUUGAUCAAAACUCCACGACAGCACAGCCGGUUACCAGUGCCCGAGAUUCUCUCCCCUGCGACCCCCUGUCUCUGCUGCAGCGGGCAGCAGACCUGCACGAGCCAGAGGCGCUUUUCCACCUCGCCUACCUCCAUAUAGUGGGCCUCGAUAACAGCACAGCGCUGCUCUACUGCCACAACGACGAGGCUCUCCCCGUCUCCCUCGCCCUCCACUCCCUCUCCCUCCUCCGCCUCCUCCCCUCCUCCCUGCGCUCCCUCCUCCUCCCCCUCCUCCCUCGCUACGCCAUCUCUUCCUCCACAUCAGCACCCGGUGCGAUGUCGUUCGUUAGUGCAAUCGUGUCAGCGCUGAGUCGCGCUGCGUCAACGGUGAUGCAGUCCAUCUCAGCGGCCUCGCAGUGGUGGCUGGAUUUCGAGGACUAUCCAUUUGACGAUGGGCGCACUCACCUCCCUCCUCGUUAUCGUCCCCGUCCCUUUCCUUCCGCCAUGUCCUCUUCCACUAUAGUGGAACGGGACACUAUCUCCCUCCCAUCUCCCGUUCCCGUGGAUCGUUUCCAGCGUCGCCGUCAAGCCUCCUCCCUCCCUUGCCUGGCAGAGUCCAGGCACUUGAUGGGUUCAGCUCCCUCCUCCCCCUUCCUCCCCCUUCCUCCCCCUUCCUCCCCCUUCCUCCCCCUUCCUCCCCCUUCCUCCCCCUUCCUCCCCCUUCCUCCCCCUUCCUCCCUCUUCCUCCCCCUUCCUCCCCCUUCCUCCCCCUUCCUCCCCCUUCCUCCCCCUUCCUCCCCCUUCCUCCCCCUUCCUCCCCCUCCUCCCCCUCCUCCCCCUUCCUCCCUCCUCCUCCCCCCUCCUCCCCCCUCAUCCCCCCUCCUCAUCCCCCCUCCUCCCCCCUCCUCCCCCCUCCGCCCCCCACCUCCGUCAGUACAACACACGCAUCUGUGCUUCCAGCCUCUCCGGCUCACUCUCUUCUUUCACGUGGGUGCCCUGAGAGCCACCCACGUCUAUCCCAGCCCAGUCAGCAACAACCACUGCCUUCCCUCUCUGCACUCCCUAUCCCCACAGUGCUACACAGCUCUGUGCCUCAACCUGUCAGGUUCACUCCCUUGCUUCCUCACCCUAAGUGCCGGUCAGCAACCUCUGCAGCCUCCCACCCUCAGUUCCUCUCUUCAAUAUACCCACUUCUGCACACCCCCCACCCACCCACCCCUCUCCCUUCUUCCUCAUUCCCAGUACUACGUGCCUCUGUGCCUCAACCUCUCGGGUUCAGUCCUAUUCUUCCUCACCCUAAGGGGCGUGCACGUCUCUGUGGCAGUGCCAGUUAGCAACGGUGCCACCUUUGCCUUCAACGCAGCAGCAGGCUAUGCGUUCGGGGAGAAAAUACAGCCAGCGUUGGCAUUAGGGGGUGUAUCGUUGGCUUGGAUACCGCGCAUGUCGCCGUGUCCAGUAGCGGGGCUGCCUAUAGAGGAGCUGGACGAGCACCUCAACUUCCGCCGCGGGUACUCGCUGGGCUUCGUGGACGAUGCGGAGGACAAGACGCACAUCCUGCCCGUUCUGCGCGCCGUGCUCGACCCUGCUAUGCACACCAGCUGGUACUUUUGGUGGUACUCGCUGGGCUUCGUGGACGACGCGGAAGACAAGACGCACAUCCUGCCCGUGCUGCGCAAUGUGCUCGACCCCGCCAUGCGCACCAGGAAGCGUCGCGUCCUGAUAGACCUGGGGGGGCGGUUCUUCAACUCGAGCGUCACGUGGAAGCGUCGCGUCCUGAUAGACCUGGGGGGGCGGUUCUUCAACUCGAGCGUCACGUGGUUCCUGCAGUCGUACCCGCUCGACUUCACAGAGAUUCAUGCCGUGGAGGUGCGACAGGGCGUCUUUCAAGUGCCCGCGCCCAGCCAUAAGACGCUACGUGCGAACAUGAGCUAUCGCAGUCGCCUGCGCGCGCUCCACACAGGCCCGGCGGACUUCCCUCCGUGGCUGCUCGCCAGGACCAUACGCGCCAACAUGAGUUAUCGCAGUCGCCUGCGCCCGAUCCACACAGGCCCGGCGGACUUCCCUCCCUGGCUGCUCGCCCGAGUGCACUCUCACCGCUUCAUGGCCUCGGCUAUUGACAACGCUGGGAAGAACAUAGUGAACGUGACGCGAUGGCUGCUGGAGGAGCUGCAGGUGACGCCAGAGGAUACGGUGGUGGUGAAGAUGGAUAUAGAGGGGUCCGAGUGGGCCAUCUUCCAAGGGAGGAGGAGUAGGUGCGUGGCGCGUGUGAGGCACAGGGCAGAGGCGCACACCAGAGGUGCAGCUGACGCCAGAGGACACGGUGGUGGUGGAGAUGGAUAUAGAGGGGUCCGAGUGGGACAUCUUCCAAGGUGGGAGGGUGGGGCGAGCAGUGUGGGAUGGGGCGAGCAGUGUGGGAUGGGGCGAGCAGUGUGGGCUGGGGCGAGCAGUGUGGGAUGGGGCGAGCAGUGUGGGAUGGGGCGAGCAGUGUGGGAUGGGGCGAGCAGUGUGGGAUGGGGCGAGCAGUGUGGGAUGAGGCGAGCAGUGUGGGAUGAGGCGAGCAGUGUGGGAUGGGGCGAGUGUGGGAUGGGGCGAGCAGUGUGGGAUGGGGCGAGCAGUGUGGGAUGGGGCGAGCAGUGUGGGAUGGGGCGAGCAGUGUGGGAUGGGGCAGCCUGGCUGGAGUGUGGGAUGGGGCAGCCUGGCUGGAGUGUGGGAUGGGGCAGCCUGGCUGGAGUGUGGGAUGGGGCAGCCUGGCUGGAGUGUGGGAUGGGGCAGCCUGGGUGGAGUGUGGGAUGGGGCAGCCUGGCUGGAGUGUGGGAUGGGGCAGCCUGGCUGGAGUGUGGGAUGGGGCAGCCUGGCUGGAGUGUGGGGUGGGGCAGCCUGGCUGGAGUGUGGGGUGGGGCAGCCUGGCUGGAGUGUGGGAUGGGGCAGCCUGGCUGGAGUGUGGGAUGGGGCAGCCUGGCUGGAGUGUGGGAUGGGGCAGCCUGGGUGGAGUGUGGGAUGGGGCAGCCUGGGUGGAGUGUGGGAUGGGGCAGCCUGGCUGGAGUGUGGGAUGGGGCAGCCUGGGUGGAGUGUGGGAUGGGGCAGCCUGGGUGGAGUGUGGGAUGGGGCAGACUGGCUGGAGUGUGGGAUGGGGCAGCCUGGCUGGAGUGUGGGAUGGGGCAGCCUGGCUGGAGUGUGGGGUGGGGCAGCCUGGCUGGAGUGUGGGGUGGGGCAGCCUGGCUGGAGUGUGGGAUGGGGCAGCCUGGCUGGAGUGUGGGAUGGGGCAGCCUGGCUGGAGUGUGGGAUGGGGCAGCCUGGGUGGAGUGUGGGGUGGGGCAGCCUGGGUGGAGUGUGGGGUGGGGCAGCCUGGGUGGAGUGUGGGAUGGGGCAGCCUGGGUGGAGUGUGGGAUGGGGCAGCCUGGCUGGAGUGUGGGAUGGGGCAGCCUGGCUGGAGUGUGGGAUGGGGCAGCCUGGCUGGAGUGUGGGAUGGGGCAGCCUGGGUGGAGUGUGGGAUGGGGCAGCCUGGCUGGAGUGUGGGAUGGGGCAGCCUGGCUGGAGUGUGGGAUGGGGCAGCCUGGCUGGAGUGUGGGGUGGGGCAGCCUGGCUGGAGUGUGGGGUGGGGCAGCCUGGCUGGAGUGUGGGAUGGGGCAGCCUGGCUGGAGUGUGGGAUGGGGCAGCCUGGCUGGAGUGUGGGAUGGGGCAGCCUGGGUGGAGUGUGGGAUGGGGCAGCCUGGGUGGAGUGUGGGAUGGGGCAGCCUGGCUGGAGUGUGGGAUGGGGCAGCCUGGGUGGAGUGUGGGAUGGGGCAGCCUGGCUGGAGUGUGGGAUGGGGCAGCCUGGGUGGAGUGUGGGAUGGGGCAGCCUGGCUGGAGUGUGGGAUGGGGCAGCCUGGCUGGAGUGUGGGAUGGGGCAGCCUGGCUGGAGUGUGGGGUGGGGCAGCCUGGCUGGAGUGUGGGGUGGGGCAGCCUGGCUGGAGUGUGGGAUGGGGCAGCCUGGCUGGAGUGUGGGAUGGGGCAGCCUGGCUGGAGUGUGGGAUGGGGCAGCCUGGGUGGAGUGUGGGAUGGGGCAGCCUGGGUGGAGUGUGGGAUGGGGCAGCCUGGCUGGAGUGUGGGAUGGGGCAGCCUGGGUGGAGUGUGGGAUGGGGCAGCCUGGCUGGAGUGUGGGAUGGGGCAGCCUGGCUGGAGUGUGGGAUGGGGCAGCCUGGGUGGAGUGUGGGAUGGGGCAGCCUGGGUGGAGUGUGGGAUGGGGCAGCCUGGGUGGAGUGUGGGAUGGGGCAGCCUGGGUGGAGUGUGGGAUGGGGCAGCCUGGCUGGAGUGUGGGGUGGGGCAGCCUGGGUGGAGUGUGGGGUGGGGCAGCCUGGGUGGAGUGUGGGGUGGGGCAGCCUGGGUGGAGUGUGGGGUGGGGCAGCCUGGGUGGAGUGUGGGGUGGGGCAGCCUGGGUGGAGUGUGGGGUGGGGCAGCCUGGGUGGAGUGUGGGGUGGGGCAGCCUGGGUGGAGUGUGGGGUGGGGCAGCCUGGGUGGAGUGUGGGGUGGGGCAGCCUGGGUGGAGUGUGGGAUGGGGCAGCCUGGGUGGAGUGUGGGAUGGGGCAGCCUGGGUGGAGUGUGGGAUGGGGCAGCCUGGCUGGAGUGUGGGAUGGGGCAGCCUGGCUGGAGUGUGGGAUGGGGCAGCCUGGGUGGAGUGUGGGAUGGGGCAGCCUGGCUGGAGUGAGGGAUGGGGCAGCCUGGGUGGAGUGUGGGAUGGGGCAGCCUGGCUGGAGUGUGGGAUGGGGCAGCCUGGCUGGAGUGUGGGAUGGGGCAGCCUGGCUGGAGUGUGGGAUGGGGCAGCCUGGGUGGAGUGUGGGAUGGGGCAGCCUGGCUGGAGUGUGGGGUGGGGCAGCCUGGCUGGACCUGGGUGGAGUGUGGGAUGGGGCAGCCUGGGUGGAGUGUGGGAUGGGGCAGCCUGGCUGGAGUGUGGGGUGGGGCAGCCUGGCUGGAGUGUGGGGUGGGGCAGCCUGGCUGGAGUGUGGGAUGGGGCAGCCUGGCGGGAGUGUGGGGUGGGGCAGCCUGGGUGGAGUGUGGGGUGGGGCAGCCUGGGUGGAGUGUGGGAUGGGGCAGCCUGGGUGGAGUGUGGGGUGGGGCAGCCUGGGUGGAGUGUGGGGUGGGGCAGCCUGGGUGGAGUGUGGGGUGGGGCAGCCUGGGUGGAGUGUGGGGUGGGGCAGCCUGGCUGGAGUGUGGGGUGGGGCAGCCUGGCUGGAGUGUGGGAUGGGGCAGCCUGGCUGGAGUGUGGGAUGGGGCAGCCUGGGUGGAGUGUGGGAUGGGGCAGCCUGGCUGGAGUGUGGGAUGGGGCAGCCUGGGUGGAGUGUGGGGUGGGGCAGCCUGGGUGGAGUGUGGGGUGGGGCAGCCUGGGUGGAGUGUGGGGUGGGGCAGCCUGGGUGGAGUGUGGGGUGGGGCAGCCUGGGUGGAGUGUGGGGUGGGGCAGCCUGGGUGGAGUGUGGGGUGGGGCAGCCUGGGUGGAGUGUGGGGUGGGGCAGCCUGGGUGGAGUGUGGGGUGGGGCAGCCUGGGUGGAGUGUGGGGUGGGGCAGCCUGGGUGGAGUGUGGGAUGGGGCAGCCUGGGUGCAGUGUGGGAUGGGGCAGCCUGGCUGGAGUGUGGGGUGGGGCAGCCUGGCUGGAGUGUGGGAUGGGGCAGCCUGGCUGGAGUGUGGGAUGGGGCAGCCUGGCUGGAGUGUGGGGUGGGGCAGCCUGGGUGGAGUGUGGGGUGGGGCAGCCUGGGUGGAGUGUGGGGUGGGGCAGCCUGGGUGGAGUGUGGGGUGGGGCAGCCUGGGUGGAGUGUGGGGUGGGGCAGCCUGGGUGGAGUGUGGGGUGGGGCAGCCUGGGUGGAGUGUGGGGUGGGGCAGCCUGGGUGGAGUGUGGGGUGGGGCAGCCUGGGUGGAGUGUGGGGUGGGGCAGCCUGGGUGGAGUGUGGGGUGGGGCAGCCUGGGUGGAGUGUGGGGUGGGGCAGCCUGGGUGGAGUGUGGGGUGGGGCAGCCUGGGUGGAGUGUGGGGUGGGGCAGCCUGGGAGGAGUGUGGGAUGGGGCAGCCUGGGUGGAGUGUGGGAUGGGGCAGCCUGGGUGGAGUGUGGGGUGGGGCAGCCUGGCUGGAGUGUGGGAUGGGGCAGCCUGGGUGGAGUGUGGGAUGGGGCAGCCUGGGUGGAGUGUGGGGUGGGGCAGCCUGGCUGGAGUGUGGGAUGGGGCAGCCUGGGUGGAGUGUGGGAUGGGGCAGCCUGGCUGGAGUGUGGGAUGGGGCAGCCUGGGUGGAGUGUGGGAUGGGGCAGCCUGGGUGGAGUGUGGGAUGGGGCAGCCUGGGUGGAGUGUGAGACACCCGAAACCUCUUUAUGGCUGGCCAUCAUCCUCUCUCUCCAUCUCCAUUGCCCUUGUCUCACCCCUCUGUGCAGCCUGGUUGGAGUCCCCCCUCAUGGCGCAACCUGGUUAGAGUCGCCUCUCAUGGCACAAGUGAUAGACGAGCUAUUGGUGGAGGUGCAUUACAACCACCCCUCCGUGCACUUAAUCUCUCUCAUUUCCCUCUUCAUUGCCCUUCUUCCUCAUGUUCUUUGCUAUGUGCAGCCUGCCUGGUUAGAGUCCCCUCUCAUGGCACAAGUGAUAGACGAGCUAUUGGUGGAGCCUGGCUUGCUGGAGUCUCCUCUCAUGCCACGGGUGAUAGACAAGCUGUUCGUGAAGGCGCACGGCAACCACCCCUUUACAGCCAACCACCCUCUGUCGCCCUCUCUGUUCCUCUGCCACCCCCCCGUCUCUUUUUGCUAUGUGCAGCGUGGCUGGAGUCCCCCCUCAUGGCACGCACGAGUAAUCGAUGAGGCACUCGUGAAGGUGCAUUACAACAACCACCCCUCCAUGCACUUCUUCAUCGUCAUUUCCCUCUCCCUUCCCUUGCUGUGGGGUGCAGCGUGGCUGGAGUCCCCCCUCAUGGCACGCACGACCUGGUUGGACUCACCUCUCAUGCCACGGGUGAUAGACGAGCUAUUCGUGGAGGUGCAUUACAACCACCCCUCCAUGCACUUCUUCUCCCUCAUUUCCCUCUCCAUUUCCUUGCCCUCACCACCCCUGUCUCUGUGUGUGUGGGGUGCAGCCUGGUUGGACUCACCUCUCAUGCCACAGGUGAUAGACGAGCUAUUCGUGGAGGUGCAUUACAACCACCCCUCCAUGCACUUCGUCACCCUCAUUACCCUCUCCAUUUCCUUGCCCUCACCACCCCUGUCUCUGUGUGUGGGGGGUGCAGCCUGGUUGGACUCACCUCUCAUGCCACGGGUGAUAGACGAGAUAUUCGUGGAGGUGCAUUACAACCACCCCUCCAUGCACUUCUUCACGUGGACGCCGCGCAACUUCCCGCACUCGAGGCAGCAAGCAGGCCAGCUGCUCAACGCCAUGCGCAGUGCAGGGUACUAUGUGCAUGCCUGGCCUUGA